CGCAUCACCUUAGACCCGCCCCUUCUCUGGCCACUCGUCGAUGGAGCACAUCCGCAGUUAAACAUCCUGGUGCCAGCUCAGAGAAGCUGUGUAUACCAGAGGCCACAAGAAAACCGCACGACUAUUGCCAGAGGGGGAUACACAUGGCGUUAUUUGCACAAAAAUAACGCCAUAGACACAGCGUGAGCACACUCUUUCAGCCCAGCACAUAUUCGACAGCUGUGGUCUUCCUCCGUUCCUACUUCCGGCCACGUGACCAAUUGGCUCGUUUGAGGUCGCGCGUCUUUCAGAGUUGGCGCGUAUCUUCAGACUGUAGGUGCUGUAAGUUCCCAGCUGAGCACAAAGAAGUCUCCUGCCACGCAGUCUUGUUUUUUAACCGAGAACAUGUCUGACUGGACCAAAGAGCGGCGACGUGAGGAUCACAACAUCGAGCACGAAAAAAGCUUUGGCCCAUCUCGGUGGUCCCACUGCAGGAAGAGGGGGAUCAAUGGGAGCCUGCGGAGCAACAGCGAGGCAGAUGAUAUCGAUAGAGGAAGGAACGGACACACCGACUCCAGCUACAAACACCCUGAUCGCAGACAUACUAGCUUCACUACACCAGAGAGCACAGGCUCAGUGUCCCGCUGUGGUCGGCAGGCUGACUGGGGCAGCCAGGUGGAGGACGAUGAGAUGAGGAGGGAUGUGCACAGAGACAUGCAGCGUUACAGGAGGAGGAUACUGGGGGCAGAAUUCACCCAGAGGGAGAGAAGGGCCUCGUCUGGCUCGUCUGGAAGCUGUGACUCCAGAGAGGGAGAUAACAUGGAAACCGAUGAAGCUGUGUUGCUACGACGACAGAAACAGAUCAACUAUGGCAAGAACACGCUGGCCUACGACCGCUACAUCAAAGAAGUUCCUAAACACAUGCGUCAGCCAGGCGUUCAUCCAAAAACUCCCAAUAAGUUCAGGAAGUACAGUCGUCGCUCCUGGGACCAGCAGAUCAAACUGUGGAAGGUCAAACUACACGCCUGGGACCCCCCUGCAGAGGAAGGCCAGGACAAGACCCUCGAUGUCGUUGAGGAGCUCAACCUUGAUGAUGUAAUGGACAUUGAACUAGAUUUCCCAACCAUUACUGACUCCCAGAACACCCAGACCUCGCUGCCGAUACACAGCCUGUCAGUGGAGGAUGAAGACUGCGGUACUCCGGUCAAAGUACAAAGGACGGCAGAGCCUAAUAUUGCAUAGCUUGUUAUUGAAUGGUUCAGUCCUCCCCCCACAUCGACUUCACACAGUCCACUCAGAAAAAACUGCUGCAGCUGCCAGCUAAGAGUCUGUGGACACACUCUGUCUUUGGCUGGCAGUCACUGAUUAUAAUUAAUGUUUUGUUUUCACCAUAUGUUUCUCCAUCCAUCGUUUGUUGUAGUUUAUCUGUUCCGAGUAUUUUAUGACAAGAUUUUACAUUUUUAACGACGCAUGUUUCAGAAUUGGUAUUCAAAAAACCCCCACUUGCUGUACCAGUGAGAGGCCUGUUGGAGUGUGCAUCUAGUUUUGUGCAAAUGCGAGCUUACGUCUCUCAUAUUCUACCUGAGAAGAUUCCAGAUGCAUAGAAACUGUCUGAACUCGGAGGAGUCGUCUUAAUAGAAACGGAGGCAAUGAUGAUGUUUUGAGUUAUCCUUGAGAAAUAUUGGGCUCUGGCUUUUUGUUUUAAUACAAAUGUAAUUGUUUCUUACUGCUGUAUCUUUAAUAGAACUUGAAAUAAAAAAACAAACAAAUAAAUAAAACAAACAAGAAAAA